CUCACCUCCUCCAGCCAAACGUACACAAACAUGGCGAUAGCACAGCCCGGCGGGAUGCGGUCCUCUCUCCGCUGCUGCCUGUAUUUAUUGGUCGCGGGGCUCUCCGGAGCCGGAUGCCUCCACCUGCACCCGGAGCCCCGCUACAAGCCGCAGGACGCCGGAUUCUUCACCAUAGAGGCGAAUGAGGCUCCGCCGCUCGGAGAUGGAGGAGGCUCCGCGGCUCCGCCGCCGCAUCUGGCCGCUCGCCGAGCGUCACACGGCGCCUCGGACUCCGGCGUCCAGCCGCCGCAUCGCAGCCGCCGGAGCCCCGGAGAGUCCGCCAUGCCGAGGGUGUACGGCCAGGCCAACCUCAACGACUCUCACAACCAGAUGGUGGUUCACUGGGCCGGUGAGAAGAGCAAUGUCAUCGUGGCCUUGGCCCGGGACAGCGCCGGAGCCACUGGAACCAAGACCAGUUCUGUAUACGUGUCCUACGACUACGGGACCACCUUCGCUCUCGUCUCAGAGAAGUUCCAGCUGGUGGGGGCCAAAGUGAAGGACGGUGCCAAGCAGGUCAUCUCCCAGUUCUACCACAGUCCUGCAGACAACAGGAGGUAUCUUUUUGUGGACUCCACCAACAACUACCUUUGGAACACCUUUGACUUCUGUAAGAGCGUGCAGGGCUUCUCUCUCCCCUUCAAGCCCACCGACCUGCUGCUGCACACUCGGCGCUCCAACCUGGUGCUCGGCUACGACAGCUCGCACCCAAACAAGCAGCUGUGGAAAUCAGACGACUUUGGGGAGACGUGGGUGUUGAUCCAGGAGCACGUGAAGACCUACUUUUGGGGUGUGGAACCCCACGACCCCCCCACCACGGUGCUGGUCCAGAGACACGAGCCUCAGGGAGUUUCCACCAUCCUCAGCAGCACCGACUUCUUCCAGAGCGAACAGAACCGCAGAGUCAUCCUGGAGCAGGUGGACAGCUUCCAGCUCCGGGACAAGUACAUGUUUGCCACCACCACACGGAAGCUGUUUGGGAGUCAUGAACCUUCAUCCGUGCAGCUCUGGGUCUCAUACAACCGCCAGCCAAUGAAAGCAGCUCAGUUCAUGACCCGUCAUCCAAUAACGGAGUACUACAUCGCGGAUGCCUCUGAGGAUCAGGUGUUCGUGUGUGUGAACCACCUGAACAACGUCACACACCUCUACAUCUCAGACACGCAGGGCCUGUCCUUCUCUCUGUCGCUGGAGAACGUUCUGUAUUACAGUCCUGAGGGGUCCGGCAGCAACACGCUCAUCAGGUACUUUGCCAACGAGCCGUUUGCAGACCUGCACCGCGUGGAGGGGCUGCGCGGCGUCUUCGUCGCCACGCUCAUCAACGGCUCCGUCAGCGAGGACAACAUGAGGUCCGUCAUCACCUUCGACAAAGGCGGGACGUGGGAGCUGCUGCAGCCGCCCGCCGAGGACAGCCUAGGAGGAACCGUGGAGUGUCAGCUCAAUAAAGGCUGCUCCCUCCACCUGGCCCAGCGCUGGAGCCAGCUGUUCAACAUCCAGCUGAGGAGGAUGCCCAUCCUAUCCAAAGACUCGGCUCCGGGACUCAUCAUGGCCACAGGAUCUGUAGGGAGGAAUUUGGCCAACAAGCCCAAUGUGUACGUGUCGAGCAGCGCCGGAGCGCGGUGGAGAGAGGCGCUGGCAGGCCCUCACUUCUACACUUGGGGCGACCACGGCGGUAUUCUGAUGGCGAUCGCACAGGGAGGCGCCACCACGCAUCUUAAGUUCAGCACCAACGAAGGCGAGACGUGGACGGACUUCCAGUUCUCGGACAAAGAGGUGUACGUCUACCAGCUGCUGACGGAGCCCGGCGAGAAGAGCACCAUCUUCACCAUCUUCGGCUCGUACGCCGAGCAGAGGCACAGCUGGCUCAUCCUGCAGGUCAACACAUCCGACGUGCUCGGCGUGCCGUGCUCCGACGCCGACUACAAGCGCUGGUCCCCGUCAGACGAGCACGGCAACGAAUGUCUGCUGGGUCGGGAGGUCACCUUCAAGAGGCGGGCGCCUCACGCCACCUGCUUCAACGGCGAGGACUUCGACAGGCCGGUGACCGUCUCCAACUGCUCCUGCACACGGCAGGACUACGAAUGUGACUACGGCUUCAAGCUGAGUGAAGACUUAUCUCUACAAGUGUGCGUGCCUGACCCCGAAUUCCUGGGUGACCUCUACGCUCCUCCGGUCCCCUGUCCUGUCGGGACCACCUACAGGCGGAGCAAAGGAUACAGGAAGGUACCGGGAGACAGCUGCAGUGGGGGAGACGUGGAGUCCCGGCUGGAUGGAGAGAUGCUGCCCUGUCCUGUUGGAGAGAGUAACGAGUUCAUCCUGUACGCUGUGAGAAACUCCAUCCACCGCUACGACCUGGCCACGGGCACCGACCAGGCGCUGCCGCUGGCCGGCCUCCGGGAGGCCGUGGCUCUGGACUUCGACUACGACAGGAACUGUCUGUACUGGGCCGACAUCUCUCUGGACACCAUCCAGCGGUUGUGUUUGAACGGCAGCACGGGUCAGGAGGUCGUGGUGAGGAAAGACCUGCAGAACGUGGAGGCCCUGACCUUUGACCCCAUCAGCAGGCUGCUGUACUGGGUCGACGCUGGAGCGCAAAAGAUCGAGGUCUCUAACCCCGACGGAGACCUGCGCCACACUCUGCUAAACUCCUCGGUCCUGGAGCAUCCCCGCGCUCUGGUUCUGCUGCCUGGAGAGAGCUUGAUGUUCUGGACGGACUGGGGCGACAAGGCGGCCGGCGUUUACCGGAGCUACAUGGACGGGUCCAACGUGUCCUGCAUCGUGUCCGAGGGCGUCCGCUGGCCCAACGGCAUCACGGCCGACGACCACUGGCUGUACUGGACCGAGGCCUACAGCGACCGGAUCGAGAGGGCGGAGUUCAACGGGGCGCAGAGGAGCGUGCUCAUGGAGGGGCUGCCCCACCCCUACGCCAUCGCCGUCUUUAAGAACGAUCUUUACUGGGACGACUGGUCCAGAAUGGGGAUCUUCAAAGCUCCGAAGGCCGGGUCUCAGAACAACGAGCUGAUCGUGGGCAGGCUGACCGGAGUCAUGGACCUCAAGAUCUUCUACAAAGGCAAAAACAGAGGCCAUAACGCGUGUGCCGACCAGCCGUGCAGCCUGCUGUGUCUGCCCCAGCCGGGGCACCGGCACACCUGCGUUUGCCCCGACGGCGCCCCGACCGUGAGCAUGCCGAGCGGCGAGCUGCAGUGUCAGUGUCCGCUGGGCUACCAGCUGCAGAACAACUCCUGUGUGAAGACCGAGCACAGCUGCCUGCCCAACCAGUACCGCUGCUCCAACGGCCGCUGCAUCAGCAGCAUCUGGAAGUGCGACAGCGACAACGACUGCGGCGACAUGAGCGACGAGCAGGAGUGCCCCACCACCACCUGCGACCCCUCCAAUCAGUUCCGCUGCGUGGCGUCCGGCUCCUGCAUCCCGCUGGCCUUCAAGUGCGACCACGAGGACGACUGUGGAGACAACAGCGACGAGGAGCACUGCGAGUCUCACCAGUGCGGUCCCGGGGAGUUCACCUGUGCCCGUGGCGUUUGCAUCCGUGAGGCGUGGCGCUGCGAUGGCGACAACGACUGCCGGGACUGGUCUGACGAAACCAACUGCACAGUGGGUCACCAUACCUGUGAGCCCAGCAGCUUCCAGUGUCACACCGGCCACUGCAUCCCACAGCGCUGGAAAUGUGACGGUGAUGACGACUGUCAGGACGACUCUGACGAAGACCCUCAGAUCUGUGAGGGAACUCUUUGUAAAGGCUUCCUCUGCUCCAAUAACACCUGUCUGCCUGCUACGGCACACUGCAACGGCAUCCAGGAGUGUCCGGAUGGCGCCGACGAGCACAACUGUGACCCGCUGUGCACGCGCUACAUGGAGUUUGUGUGCAGGAACAGAGCCCAGUGUCUGUUCCAGUCUCUGGUGUGUGACGGGAUCAAACACUGUGAGGACGGAUCAGACGAGGACCCGGAGUACGCUGAAUGUGCCACGCCGUCUGAGUUUGGAAAAGUGUGCGAUGCCUACACCUUCCAGUGUGCCAACGGAGUGUGUGUGAGCCUGGAGUGGAAGUGUGACGGCAUGGACGACUGCGGGGAUUACUCUGACGAGGCCAACUGUGCUGCUCCCACGGAGCUCCCCGGCUGCUCCAGGUAUUUCCAGUACGAGUGCAGAAACGGACGCUGCAUCCCGACGUGGUGGAAGUGUGACGGAGAGAACGACUGCGGGGACUGGUCUGACGAAGCUCAGUGUACAGGCGGAGUGACCCCCCACACCGUGGCGCCCGGUCCCAUCACCUGCGCCCCCAACCGCUUCCACUGCGGCUCCGGGGCGUGCAUCAUCAACACGUGGGUGUGCGACGGCUACGCCGACUGUCCCGACGGCAGCGACGAGCUGGGGUGUCCCACCGGCGCCGCUAACGGCUCCGUGACGCCGGCCCCGGUGCCCACCCAGGCCCCGCCCCCUCCGCCGCCUCCCGCCCCGGGCCGCUGCACUCGGGGGCAGUUCCUGUGCCGCCGUCCCCCGAGGUGCAUCCCCGACUGGCAGCGCUGCGACGGCCAGAUUCACUGUCAGGACGGCUCGGAUGAAGCCCACUGCCCCACUCGUGGUCCUCUGGUGUGUGUGAACGGGACCCGCUGCUCUGAUGGCGAGGCCUGCGUGCUGGACAGCGAGCGCUGCGACGGCUUCCUGGACUGCUCCGACCACAGCGACGAGGACGACUGCACCUUGGACACCCUGGCUUAUAAAGUGCAGAACCUCCAGUGGACACCAGACUUCUCCGGGGCCCUCACCCUGACCUGGUCCCGACCCAAAAACCUCCCGCUGGACUCCUGCUACUUCCUGAUCUACUACAGGCUGGUGGGCACGCAGCAGUGGACCAUCAUGGACACACACAGCAACAAGACCAGCUACAAGCUGACCGUGCUGAAGCCCGACACCACCUACCAGGUCAAGGUGCUCACGCAGUGUCUCAGCAAGCUGCACAAGACCAACGAGGUGAUCACGGUGCGGACGCCGGAGGGACUUCCUGACCCUCCCAGGAACCUGCAGCUGUCCUGUGAUAACGCUGAGGAGGGCGCCGUGCAGGUUUCCUGGAACCCUCCGGACAAAGGUCACGGGCUCAUCAGAGAGUACAUCGUGGAGUACAGCGAGGGCCUGCUCGUGGACUGGAUGUCCCAGCGCUCCUCCGGCUGCAGCACUGAGGUGAAGGAGCUGCAGCCCGACACGCUGUACCGGUUCAGGGUGGCCGCGGUGACCAGUCGAGGUGUGGGGAACUGGACCGAAGUGAAGUCCAUCACUCCACAGAAAGCUCUGCCUCCUCCGUCUGUGAUCGCCGACAGCAUCACCGGCGACUCCAUGAGCCUGUCCUUCAGCCUCAACUCUCAGUACAAGGUGAAGCAGUACAUUGUGAUUCUGUCCUGGCAGUUCGACACGCACGUCAAGGAGAGCAGGAACUACACCGUCACAGACUCGGUCCUCAGAGCCACAAACCUGACGGCGGGCACGCUGUACGAGGUGGCGGUGUGGGCGCACACCAGCAUCGGAGACAGCCCCACCGCCCUGUCCCACCAGCAGACCAGAGGCUCGCAGCCCGAGAGGCCCAGCCUCAAAGCUCGAGCGCUCAACCAGACGGCCGUGGAGUGCACGUGGAGCAUCAGCGCCUCGGCUGCACAGGUGUACGGGGUGUUUUAUGCCACCUCCUUCCUGGAUCUGUACCGCAGCCCUCGUCAGGUCCAAACCUCCUCCGUCAGCCUCACUGUGACCGUGGACAGCGAUGAGCAGUACCUCUUCCUGGUGCGCGUCGUCUCUCCCUUCCUCGGUCCUCCCUCCGACUUCGCCGUGGUGAAGAUGAUUCCCAACGAGAGGCUUCCGCCCAGAAACCUCCACCGAGUGAGGGUGGACAAGACCCAGGCCACGCUGAAGUGGCAGCCGCCGUUCGACACGCCAAACUCAAACCUGACGUAUGCGAUCCACGUGCGGGACGUGAUUCGUAAGGUGGAGCGGGACUACAAGCUGACCACCUCCAACAACACGGUGGAGUACGUUCUGAAGGAUCUGGAGCCCGGAGGACGCUACAGCGUCUCCGUCCGCCUGCGCAACAUGAGCAAAGAGGCCAGCUUCUCUCUCAGCACAGUUCCUCUUCCGGCUCCCGAGGCCCUGAAGAUCCUGACGGAGAAAGACCACGUGUUCCUCUUCUGGAAGAGUCUGGCCGUGAGAGAGAAGGGCUUCAACGAGAGCCGGGGGUAUGAGGUGCACGUGUUUGACAGCGUCACCAACCAGACGUCCUUCCUGGGCAACACCACGGAGACGUACUUCCGCAUCAGCAGCCUGCAGCCCGGACACAACUACAGCUUCUCCGUUCAGGCUCGCUGCCUGGUGAGCGGGCAGCUGUGUGGAGAGCCGGCCAUGCUGCUGUACACACAGAUGACAGGAGCCACUGACGCCUCCCGCGCCGAGGGCCACUCGGGGGACAUGGCGGCCGUGGUGGUCCCGGUGCUCUUCCUGCUGCUGCUGGGGGUCUGUGGCGGUCUGGUGGCGCUCUACCUGAGGCACAGACGGCUGCAGAACAACUUCACCGCCUUCGCCAACUCACACUACAACUCCCGCCUGGGCUCAGCCAUCUUCUCCUCUGGGGAUGAACUGGGUGAUGAUGAUGAAGAUGCUCCCAUGAUCAGCGGCUUCUCAGACGACGUUCCCAUGGUCAUCGCGUAGCAGCACAUCCUCUCUCACCCGACUCUCUCGCUCUCUCUCUCUUCCCCUCUCUGCCCUCACGCCUCCUUUAACCCUCCUUUCAGUACGAUGGAGCGAAAAACCUCGCCGCCGUCCCCACAGUCCUCCGACGGAAAUCCGCCCGAUCACAUCAGCCGGAGGAGGAAAAAAAAAAAGGAAAAGUGUAAAGAGAGAAAGAGAUAUUUUUCAAAUAUACAAUGCACUUUUUUUGGAUGCGCAAUAACUUAUUUUUUAUAAUGUUAAAUAUAUAUAUGGGGUCAAAAAAUGCAGAGCGGGAGGAAGAGGCGGACUCUGAAGCAAACUGUGAAGGAUUUGAGUUUGUCGAGGGCAGCGGUGGAAGACAGACCCCAUUUGAAAUGCAAACUCACUUUCCAUAGGAGUGGUCCAUUGCUUAAAGCCAAAAUCAGCAUCCAGAGACUGCAAAUAGAAUGCAAAAACACACAAUGAGGAAAAAUACCAAUAUAUAGACUCAUGCUGUAUACAAACUGUACAAAUAGAAACUAUCAGACUAUAGCUCCAUAUGUUGGUAGUGCCGUCUGUACUGAAGCAGUGUCUGUAACGAGGGUGAGAAGAGUUCCAGCGUCUGACACGUCGGUCUUGUCCAAAGCUGCUGAUUCCUGUAAAGUCUUUGACACAACCAAACACAGCCGGCCGGCGCCACGUCGUGUCCUCACAGAUCCACGUUUAGUUCCCACCAGCAGCACGCCAUGAGAAGAGGCCACGCCCCGUCCUGCUGGGAUCCUCCCAACUGUCUGUAAAUAUUGGCUUCUAACGUGUCCUCUCCUCGCAAUGCUGCACCACGUCGUUCCAUAGCGUCUCGUUUCUGUUGUUUUGGAAUCAUUCAGGACCACCAGUUAUCGCCCCCAGCGUUGUUCGCCAUAACUGUAGUGAUAGAGACGUGUGUUUGGGGUUCUCAGGGAAGUGUGUCGGAGCGGACACCGGCGCAGCGCCGCCGUCAUCACCGCCACGGCCGAGGCACCACGGUCCACCGCUUUGUCCGUGCGACCGUGUCUGAGUGGAAACCGGCUCAGCGGGGUCUGAAACGGAUGUUCAGCCGUGUUUUUACCUCCCUCUGCUUGUGUGGAGUCUUACUGACAUGUUGCUUUUAUUUGGCUCAGUCUCUGUAAAUAAAAACACACAUACGGAUGGUUUAUCAUAUUUAUGAACAAGUCCAAAGCUAUGGCUGCAAUUAUUCCAACCAAAACUCUCAGAAAUGACCAACUUUCCUGUACUUACACAUAUGAGCGUCUUAUUGUUAAAGUCAGGUGUCAUCGGCGUAUUGGUGGCACUUUGUCUUUUGUCGGCAGGACGCUGCUUCUGCUCAUUAACAGUCUGUUGGUUGCACGGCAGCCGUCCUUGUGUGUGUGAUCGAUUUUAUCUUGUUUGGAGUAAUCUUUUUCAUCUGGUUUUCUUUUUUCUUAAAGCCAUAAAAAUGUCCAGUUGUCCUUGUUUUUAAGGAACUGAUACUGCAACAGUUGAAGGUGAUUUAACAACUUUUGAGUAUCAUUUGAAGUGAAGCAAAGUAAAGUAAUCAGAAUUAUUUUUAACCAAGUUUUCAUAAAACCCUCCAAACCUGGUUUUAGGUGGAUAAUUUUCUGACCAUCUGACUUCAUGUCAUUUAAAGAUGGAGUGUGUCAAAGUUCUGCAAACCUUUUGAGCAUCAGGUGUCAGUAGUGAUUCGAUUUAAUACUCAGAUUGACAGGUUUCUGUCAAAUUAGCUUUUGAGUGAGUUCAUACCAUAAGCUGCUGAAAACUGAGACACAAAAUCAUUUUGCAACAAGAAGAUUAUUGACUGGAUUUUUACUGUGUGUGUUAUUGAUAAUUUUCAGUUAAGAUUUUUAAUUGAAUUUAACUGCCUUGGUAUUUGUCUGCACUAAAGAAAAGGACUUGUUUUGCUCUGAUAGAACCAGUUUCACCCCCUUGAAUCCUCUUAUCUACAUGAGUGUGACCUCCUGGACUGACUGAGGUCAAGUUCAUCAGUCAGACCUACAACACAUCAGUGGAAAUGUUGAACCAAUGCUUGAGCUGGACAGAACACAGCCCGGUUAUUUAUAUCUCGAGGUUUCUAAUUAUAGACGGACACCUGAACACUUUUUAUUUCACUGGUUUGAUUUCUGCACAUGGCCAAAUAGAAGGUAACAUGCAGGUGGCUCAGCAGCAGAGGGAGUGAGGGCUCGGUCUGUCGCCUCAGGCCGUCUCCAGUGAUGGUGUCCCGCCUUCUAUUGAUCGUGUUCUUGUUUUGUUUGUAAAAAAUGUCUUCAUGAAUGUAUUUUGUACUUUUUAAGGUUUGGUCCCAGUUCGUGAUGCUACUGUUAGCUCCUGUGAAUUUUUUUUUUCUUCUUUUUUCCUGUCCCUCCUUCCUUGUGGCUGUGAGUUUGUAAACCUCCACACAGCUUUCAUGUUGCUGCCAGUGGACCAACCAGUGACCACAAACCAGGCUGCACGAUAUCCAUGCAAUGCCAUAUAUAUGGUAUCGAGCGAUUGGACUUGUGAUAAAGACUCAAGUAUACGAGGUUCCAGAUCAAAAUGGUCUUUGUUUUUCUUGGACCCUGUUUUAAUGUUUUCGUCUUUUUAAUUUGUUGUGCUUCUGAUUUCUGGCCUGAAGCUACCAGGUCUGAUGAAAUUUUGGAAUAAAGAAGUGAAAUAUUGUCAACACAAUGUUCUGAAUGCACAGUGCAGGGAAGCGUCUUUACUCACAGUUCGAUGUGGACGGUUAUAAUUAUGGCAGAAUGUCGUGCAGCCUCAUGGGAACCAUUUGUGUCGGGUACAGUCUUUUAUCAACUCAUUCUCACCCUGGAUCUUCAAACGUUCCAGAUACUGACACUGGAAAGGAACCCAGACUAUAAAAACACAUAAAAAGGUUCAUGUAGCCCAUCACGGUACAGACGAGAGAAUCAAGAACCUGUGCAAAGUCGUGACAGAAAGGUCCCCAAGUCCAAAAUCAAACGGCAUAUGUGAUCACUUUGAGAUGUUUAUCUAAUCCUCUGACUUCGAGGUCAAAGUUCUCCUGCCACUUUAGCUCCAACACGUUCUGAUGAGAAUCAGCUUUCGAUAUACAAACGGCUGAGUCACAGUAAACAAGUUGUCCCAAGGCUCAUUUUAAGUAACUUUCAGUGUUCUAGUGAUUGAUGCUCAUCCGUUUCUUAAACUACACUGUGCAGGGUUAAAGUUGUCACUGUAAAUUAAUAAGACUAUAGUUUAAAUCAUGAUCUAUUUCCAUAUACUAUAUUGUCUUUCCUCAAAUCACCACAUUCUCACUAAUACACAGCAACAAAUCAAUAUAGUCCGGGUUCCUUUUAAACUUUCUCAAACUGUGCACUUGAUUUCUGCAGCUCUUCAUCAUGUUACCAUUUUUCUGUUUUCUGGCCUUAAAAACUGAUUCUUUUUUUUUUUUUUUGCUGUGUUUUGUGGAGUUUGUCUUCUCUGACUCUGUGUUUUGCCACAUAAUGCCUUAUUGGACCACAUUGGGUUUCUAUGUGAUGUUUGUAUGAUAGAACACAAGUGCACACGCAUGCAUCCACCUGCACACGAGGCUGAGGAGGAACUUACUGUCUGGGUCAGAUCACUGCUCCUUGGUGCGCCGCCCGCCGGCCACUCCAUGUUUUCAGUCAGGUUUUACAAGUGUACAGAGUCUCAUUUUUGAUUAUUGUCUGACUGUUUGUUCCCCACCUGUCUUAGUUUGCUUCAAACUGAGUUUCUCAUCACGUUGGACUCGCCGUGUUUGAAGAUGUCCAUGUCUUGCCUGCUUGUAUUGGAGACUGCAAGAAAAUGGGAUGUUUGGAAAAACAGUGUGAGGUGUUUUAAAAACCACUUAUACUGAAAUAAACAUAUUGAAAAGUCAA